AGUCGUUGUUGUUAAAAGCAGGUCCUCUGUCGUCUGUGCCUCUGUCGUCCCAUAUCAAAAUCACAGCUCGCCAUGUCUUCGUUGCCAGAAGCCUCCGACGCGAACGGCCUCCUGCAGCCGGGGCAAAUUAUUCGGCCUAUGCUGAAGAAGACGGAGGUGCCGGCGCUCGUCGCCAAGCUGUACGGUCUCACGGUCGUCUCCGUCAAGGAACUUAAUAGUUAUGAUGAUAAAAAUUAUCUCAUACAGGUUCAGCCCAAGAUCGACAACCCCCACAUGACCGACCUCUGCCCUCAUGGCUAUGUUGUCAAAGUCACGAAUUCCUUAGACAGCAAGAACACACAGCUCAUGGCGGCCCAGAACGACAUGAUGCUGUUCUUGCACGCCCGGGGUAUCAACGUCCCUAAACCCGAGAAGAAUGUUCAUGGGACGUACAUGAUGAGAGAGAGAAUUGAAGUUGAUGUGGACGAUUUCGUGCAGAAUAAUGCUGACGAACGCCCCAGCGGAGAGCACAUGGUAAGAAUGCUGACCUUUGUGCCCGGUAAGAUCCUACAUCAGGUCAAGUACACGUCGCAGCUUUUCUACGAAUGCGGGGAACUCGCUGCCAAGAUGGACAAUGAACUGAUGGAUUUCAAGAACGACUUUCUUAAAAACCGGAAGCUGAUUUGGAUGCUGCAGAACACGCCGGAUCUCACCAAGUUCAUCUUCGCGGUCAGGGAUGCCAGUCGACACGAGAUGAUACGGGAGAUCUUGGAAGCUUGGAAUCAAAGAGUUGUGCCUCUCCUGCCUACCUUGGAUAGAGGCAUGAUCCACGGUGAUUUUAACGAACAAAACAUCAUCGUUGACUCCGCCCCCGAAGUCCCGGAUGACUAUCACGUGACCGCCAUCAUCGACUUCGGAGACAUCCAGGAGUCGUGUUAUGUCUUCGAAGUCGCCAUCACUAUUAUGUACCUGAUGAUCGAGGUGGACGAGAUGCCCCCCAAUGACGCUGGCGGGCACGUUUUGGCGGGGUAUUUGAAGCACAGGACACUGUCGGAAGCGGAGUGGGGCGUGUUGAGGGAAUGCGUAGCCGCCCGCUUCGCCCAGAGCCUCGUGAUGGGCGCCUACAGCUACGAGCAAGACCCCGGUAACGAGUACCUCCUGACGACGGCGCGCAGGGGCUGGGACGUUUUGGCUACUUUCUGGUCGGCGCCGAAGGAGGAGGUCUUGGAACGCUGGAGGCAGAUCAUCCGCUCGUACGAGAAAUAGGGCGGGCGGGGAGGGAGGCGCAGGCGUGGCUUCUGUGUGUGGGUGUGGGUGUGAAUGACGUGCAUAUUCUCGCGCGCGCACAGAAGCACAGGUGCGAUCGCCAAGGCACGCGCACACAGACACGAAUACGAACGCGCACAUGUAUUCACGCAGAAACAAACACGGACAUAGACAUAAACACCGCCACAGCUACAGUUACAGACACAGCCACAGAUACAGACACAGACACAGACA